CUCAUGCAGAGCGUGACCGCACUCGGGGACGAUAUGUGGCUUCUCGCCCGGUAGCCUGAAGGAGAACGACAGGGGCUCGAGGCAGACGGGACACUCGUCCUCAUCGUCGUUGGCGUCCUGGGAGGAGACGACGGGCAACGGGGCGUUGUGCAUGAUAGGCGGAGGGGCGUUGUCGCCGUCGUCGACGGUGGUGGGAGUAAAGGAGCGGACAGAUGCUUGGAAUGAUCGGACGGAGGGGGCUCGCGGGGCGCGGAGGCUGCGAAAAAGGGAAGUUCCUGGUUCGAGACCGCCACCGAGUCGGCUCGGGGUUGGCGACGCUGGAGGAGGAAGCGGGGCCUGGCGGGGCGAUUGGUAUGUCGGCGAGCCUGGGGGAUCGCGAGCCCUGCGACCGGUAUGGGAGCGCAUCAGGGUCUUCCUCACGCUCACGUCCUUCGCUCAGACAGAACUACUCAAAUUUCCGUUGCUCCCCUGGCACGAGGUUUGAUGCGGUAACUACGAGCCCUCCUCUGCGCAUUGCGGCCGUGGGCGCGCUCUCUUUCCACCAGAAAACGAGGCAUCGCUGUGGUCCCACCCGAGGACACCCGUCUAGGCCCCGGAAGACGCGCUCCCGGCUUAGAGGAGGCACAGGAGCGAAGAGCUUCCGUGCUGAAUAUGCCUCCGUCUGAAAUCGAAUCUCCCCCUCGCCACAAUUCCCCUCGUUCUCCCCGAACUCACCCCGAAAACCUGCAGUUUGUGGCACGAAGUCAAGCAAACUCUAAUCACAAUGGCUUGUCCUGAUACAGAUUUCUCGCAGUGCUUUAUCGACUGACUAGCGUCAACCCGU